AUGCUGACACUAAGUCAAGGUUUGGUAGUCCUGAUCAUUUUUCUGUUAAUUGUUGAGUUUUUCAGACUGCGAAAGGCAUGCAAGCAAUUCCCCCCUGGACCAACUCCUCUCCCAUUGGUUGGAAACUUUGUGCACCUGAACUUUCAGUUUCAUCGGGAUCUUCUCAUGAAGUUGGCAGAAACUUAUGGUAACAUCUAUACUUUGUGGUUCGCGUGGAACCCAGUGAUCAUACUGAAUGGGUAUCAGGCUGUGAAGGACGGCAUGACCACACACCCUGAAGAUGUUUCUGGGCGGAUGGUGUCUCCUUUCUUCAGAGCUUUGGCCAAAGGAAAAGAUAACACCCUCAGGUAUUAUACUGGCAAAUGGUCACUCUUGGAAGCAGCAGAGACGCUUUGGGAUAAUGACUCUACGCAAUCUGGGAAUGGGGAAAAAAGGCCUGGAGUAUCGAGUGCAAGAGGAAGCCUCUCACCUGGUGGAGGUCUUCAUGAACCUGAAAGACCUGUGGAUCCUUCUUUCGCUCUUUUCCAUUCUAUUUCAAAUGUAAUUUGUGCACUGGUUUUUGGAUAUCACUUCUCUGAUGAGGACAAAACCUUCCAUGAACUGCUCAGUGCCACAGAGUAUUUAUUCAGAUUUGUAGGUAGCUUUAUUCAUCAGCUGUAUGAAAUCGUCCCCUGGCUGAUGUCCCAUCUGCCUGGGCCUCACAAGAAAGCAUUAUCCUGCUAUGAUGUCCUGAGCUCUUUUGCAAAGAAGGAGAUCAGAAGACAUGUGGAGAGAGGGAUACCAGAUGAACCACAGGAUUUCAUUGACUUUUACCUGGCUGAGAUGGAGAAAUCUAAAGAUGGAGGCAAGCCCAAGUAUGAUGAAGACAAUUUGAUAUGUAUCAUAAAUGAUCUUUUCCUCGGUGGAUCAGAGACCUCAAGCACAACCUUGUACUGGGGACUGCUCUUUAUGAUAGUGAAUCCAGACAUCCAAGAGAAGGUGCAGAAGGAGCUGGAUGCUGUUUUGGGUCCUUCCCAGUUAAUUAGCUAUGAAGAUCGCAAAAAACUGCCCUACACAAACGCUGUGGUCCAUGAGAUCCAGCGCUUCAGCAACAUUGUCUUUGUUGGCAUGCCCCGAAGGUGUGUGAGGAACACCACGUUGUUAGGAUUCCCCAUCAAAAAGAGUACUAUCAUUAUGCCAAAUAUAGCAUCUGUUCUAUAUGACCCUGAACAAUGGGAGACACCUCGACAGUUCAACCCUGGCCAUUUUCUGGAUAAAGAAGGAAACUUCAUACCUCGAGAAGCCUUCUUACCAUUCUCAGCAGGGCACCGUGUGUGUUUGGGGGAGCAUCUAGCAAGGACCGAGCUCUUCAUUUUCUUUGCCAACCUGCUGCGGGCCUUCACCUUCCGGCUGCCAGAGGGGGUGACAGAGAUCAGCACGGAGCCCAUUCUGGGGGGCACGCUGCAGCCCCACCCCUACAGGCUCUGUGCCAUUCCACGCUAGGCUGCAGCAGGUCACAGACCAGCAGGAGGCAGCCACCUGUGCCUCAGUGAAUUUCCUCUCAAAUGUAUAAUCCUGCUUCUACUACCCAGGACACCGAUAUUAAUCUAUCCCAGGGCUAUUCAGAAGGCGGAUGCAAGCCAAGAUCCAGACUUCCAGUACUUUUGGUCUGGUCCUUGUGAAAGUCCCAGGUAUUCUCCCAAGGAUCUUAAUCAUGUUCUCCUCUUGGACAGCAUGUAAAGCAAGACACUGUGGUUCCCAGCUGAAGCCAAUGUGCUGUGUCUCCUCAUCCUAGCCCAGCAGAAUGGCCAUGAUGCCAUUCCUGAGCAAACCUCAGUAAAAUCCAGCAGAGGAUCUCAGCAAGAGCCAAAUCGGUGUAAUUGCUAUGAAUGGUUUGAUGACCUCAAAUGAUCUGGCUCUGGAAAACACACUUUUAAAGCCCUGUUUUGCUUUUACUGUCCUGACCUUAGACACUUCAAUUUGUUGACAGGUUGCAAAUUAAAAAAUACAUUAGAAUGUGAGUACAUUAAGUUUGAAUUUGAUGUAAGUAUGUCCCAUAUUGAAGAUAAAGGGAUUCAAUCUAAAGUUGAAGAAACUUAAAUUUGGGGUUUUCUAGCAAUGUGAAUGUGUGACUUAGCAGCCUGAUCGUUGCUAUAAGGUAUUGCCAGGUGGUUUGUUGUUUGGUUUAUUGUUUUGGAUUUUUUUUAAUGAACUUUCUGUGAUGUAGAAUCAUGCCCAUUAUCAAUCCUGCUUGGACUAGGCAGAAAUAUGGGAUGAGAUAAUCACUUUGUCAGUGGGUUUCACUGCUAACUUUGCAGCAGAGGAGUGUAGAGACUUUGGAAGGCUGUCUUAACAACCAAAUGAUCCCCGUUUUCUCUGGGCCCUUUUUUCCUCCAUUACAACUCAUAACAUACUUCCUGCACUCCAUUAAAUCUCUUUCCAGUCCUUCUCCAGUUUCAGUUCCUACUCCCACCUGCCCUUUACCCAUAUAAACCCUGUUUCAGGAUUCACCUUCCCCUUUGGUUUCCCACCACUCACAUCUUUUCAUCCUGUCAAGCUUCUGUCUCCUCUGACCCCUUUCUGCACAAGUAUUAGUAGAGGAAUCAGUGCUGAGCUGAACACAAUGACCAGUGUGUUUUCAGGAGGGAGCUUGGAAGAUCUGAUUUAUUUGUACUUAAAAGAGGUUCCAGACCAAGAAAAGAACACAGUGACUGCUACAGAGGGCGCUCUGGAGGUAACUCAGUUGAAGAAAAGAGGAUGACUCGAUGCAGGAAUUCUCGAGUAUCUACCACUUAAUGUAGCUGCUCUCUGACACUGAUUCAAUUCCAGACUGAGAUAGUUUAGGAAUGCAGCUGGAGGUGACAGCCAACUUUCAGCCGUAGCUUUUUUAAAGAAAAGUGCUGUAGUACUCUUGAAUGCAAAUCACUUUUGGAAAGGUUUCAAAUGUUGGAGUUGAGUAGAGCUGUCUGUAAACACUGCCAUAAACUUAGGGUUGAAUUUGUAUGAGGACCAAAAGUGCUUUUAAUGUUGGAAUAUAAACUAUUUAUAAUUAAAUCACUGUGGAGCAUCUGAGCUUCCUGAAUUUCAAAUGGAGGAGAACAUGACUAAUAAGAAGUGAGCACUAGUAAAGGUAAGGCUGAGUUGGACCAGAGCCUGGCAUGCCUUGUAGCUCUGACAGUGGUCUGCUCCAGCACAGCCCAGUGUCUGCAGGCUGACUGGGCUGGAAGGGGAAUCAGGCCAGUAAGGGGUUUCACAACAGCAACAGCUGUCAUAAAUAAUUCAACCGGUUACUCUACACAACAUAAUAAAUACUGCACCAGGACCUACACACCUCUGCUCAGCCUCCUUUCCAGCUUUAUCUGCACUUGUCUUACACCCUGUACUCCCACACCUGUUCCUCUCCAUUAACCCUGCUAGAGAUUAUGUCUCUCACUGCCUCUGCCCUCUCCUCUUGUCAUCUUGCCAUUCACUGAAGAAGAUUAAUUAUAUGAAUCACAGAAUUACCUUACCUUGGUUGGAACAGACCUUCAAGGUCUUGUGCAAAACCUUUAUGCAAGUUUGGUAGAUUUUGCAUCCAUCCAAGGAUUAAAAGCAAGAGUUGAUGCUUUUUCCCUUCUGUUCAAACUGGUAGUCUGGUUUGUGGCAGAGGCUCGGGCUGAACUACUGUUGAUGAUCCAGUGUAUCUGAAACAAGUGAAUCACCAGCAUGUAGUGGGGUAACCUGACAUUUAUGGGAUUAAAUUUAGAAAACUACUGUCCAUACCACCAGCACUGCACAUUUGGGGAAACCACUUCUGUACUUUUGAGGAGGUCUAGAAAACUCUGAGCAGACAGGCAACAGAAAAGGAAAUGUUCACACUCUUCCCAGUGGAAGGGCUGGCAGGUGUCAAAUGCAACAAAGAGGGAGAUUGAUUAGAAGAACCAGAGGGAAUUGCACUGUAUAUGCCAUAUUGGUAAGGUAUUCCUCAUUACAGGACAUUGAGCUAAACAUUUAUUUCUAUUCAAAAGCAACUGAAUACAUUUUGAGCAGGAAAAUUUCUUUUGGGAUGUUUCAUGUUUCUGGUUUGUCCUGUUUAUUACAAACUUUCCUAAGGCAUCUCAUAUCAUGUGCUGUCAGAAAUGGAACAUAAGACUAGCUGAACUUUCAUCUGACACAGCUGUGCUCAAGUUUUAUGUUUUAUGGCAUUUACUCAGAAUUAAGAUAGUUCAAUAUUUAUCUUAUUUCAAUUUGAACAUCUAUUAUCACAACCUUAUAUUUUCCAGUUGAACAAGUUGCUCUUACUUUCAGACAGUGCCUUGACCAAGUGCGUGAUGAGACACGACUUGUGAGACUAGAAAAAGAUGCUCAUCCAAGAAACUUGUAACCCUGAAGUAGAAGCCAAAAUUCACUUAAUGUUAUUCAUUUGCCUUUGAUUAAAGGUCUUGCUGCUGGCUCUUCUCAAAGCCUGAUUUAUUCAUUUGCCAGAUGUCUUCAGGUGAGACAAAUGAAUUGUGAACAGAUUUUCUUCAGUAGCAGAAUUAAAUUUCUGGUUAAAAACCAAAGGGAUAAUAUGCUGAUUGAGUUAAGGUUACACUUCAUUUACUGCAUUGUUAAGGAGCCAUGUGUCAUCAGAUGAACUGGGAACUGUGGGAAAACCAAGAUGAUGAAAUCCAUCCCCAUAAAAUCUUCACGCUGUAAAUGUCAGUAUCUGCUCACUUCUUUUUUUAAUCUUCAGUACCUCCAUUGUAUUUCCCAUUGUGAAAUGCUACAUUAAUUACAUUUGCAGCUGAAUUAGAUUGAAAGAAACAACAAGCAUCAGUGUCAUGCAAGAAGAGAUUUAUGGACAUUUGGAGACAGUUGAGUUUCAACAUGAGAAAAAUACAGUUAAUGUACAUGAAAAAAUUACUCCAAACUCAAAUAUUCAGAGGAUGAGAGAGAAAAGGAAAGAUCUAGGUGCAUAUGCAGAACCACACUGCAGAAUAAAGCAAGAGCAUCCUUUUGAGAGUAAGACUGCAUAAGGAAUAUCUGGUUUACUUCUGGGUGUCUGUUAAAGCUAAUGAUACAGGCCAGACAGAUCAGA